AUGGACAUGGAGCUCCUCCUCUUGUACGCCCCAUGCUGCCUGGUCCUCGUCUUCUCCUCCCUGUACCUCCUCGGCCUCUAUGCCGACAGCCGCCGCAACCUUCCUCCCGGUCCCCGGGCGCUGCCUCUCGUCGGCAGUCUCUUUUCCCUCGGCACCCUCCCGCACCGCUCCAUGGCGCGCCUAGCGGAGUGCCACGGCCCAGUGAUGGCCCUCCGCCUUGGCACGGUCACCACCAUCGUGGCCUCGUCCGCGGACGCCGCCCGCGACGUCCUCCAGCGCCACGACGCCGCCUUCUCGGGGCGCUCGCUCCCGGACGGCACCCACGCGUUCGCGCACUACACGCACUCCAUGGCGUGGCUCCCCACCAGCAGCCCGCGCUGGCGUGCGCUCCGCAAGGUGUGCUCCGGGGAGCUCUUCGCGCCGCACCGCCUCGACACGCACCAGUCCCUCCGCCGGGACAAGGUGCGGCGGCUCGUUUCCCACGUCGCGCGGCUGGCGCGUGAUGGCGCGCCAGUCGCCGUCGCCCGCCUCGCCUUCGUCACCGCGCUCAACCUGCUCUCCUCCACCAUCUUCUCCACCGACCUCGCUGACAUCGACAUCAUCGACGACGACAGCGGCUCGUCGCCAUCGUCAUCGUUUAAGGGCGUUCUCGCGGAGCUGAACGCCACCGUGGGGUUGCCGAACGUGUCGGACUUCUUCCCCGAGGUGGCGCGGCUGGACCCGCAGGGGCUGAGGAGGCGCAUCGAGAGCCUGUUCCAGCGGCUUCACGCCAUGAUGGACAAGCAGAUCGAGCGCCGCUUGCAGGAUCGCGUCGCCGCCGCCGCCGCCGCCGGUCCCAAGAAAGAGAAAGACUUCCUGGACGUGCUGCUGGACUACCGCGGCGCCGAGGAUGGCCGGGGCUUCGAUCGUCAGACGCUCCUGUCGUUGCUGUCGGACCUAUUCAGUGCCGGCACCGACACAAGCGCAGCAACGGUAGAAUGGGUGAUGGCCGAGCUGCUACUGAAUCCAUCCUCCAUGGCGAAGGCUCGUGCCGAGCUCGCGCAGGUGAUCGGCUCCAAACCGGAGGUCGAGGAGUCCGACAUUGCGCAGCUCAAGUACCUCCAGGCCAUCGUGAAGGAGACGUUCCGCAUCCACCCUCCGGCGCCGCUCCUGCUUCCGCACCAGGCCGAGACGACAACGCAGAUCCGAGGCGGCUACGCGGUGCCCAAGGGCGCACGCGUCGUGGUGAACGUGUGGGCGAUCGGCCACGACGGCAAGGUGUGGCCCGAGCCGGACAAGUUCAUGCCGGAGAGGUUCUUGGUAGCAGAGGACGACGAGAAAGCAGUCGACUUCCGCGGCCGAGACUUCGAGCUCUUGCCGUUUGGGUCCGGGAGGAGGAUGUGCCCGGGGAUGCCGCUGGCGCUUCGCAUGGUUCAUCUCAUGCUCGCGUCCUUGCUGCAUCGCUUUGAGUGGAGUCUUCUUCCUCCGGCUGAUGAUGACAAGAACGGGCUGGACAUGACUGAGAGGCUUGGGCUCAACCUGUCGAUGGCUACACCACUGCAGGCUAUGGCGACUCCAGUUUAA